AUCAUUAUCGAGAAGAACUCAUAGAUAAACAUGUAUUCUGAUCUGUCUGUGAUCCUUCCUCGAGUUCUCAUCGUCUCUAGACGUACGAUUCGCAAGAACAAGUUCGUGGAUUUUGUGGGUGAAUAUCAUCUCGAUCUUAUAAUUAGGUAUGGCGCAGUUCCAGUAAUUGUUCCCCGAGUAAAUGGAGUGCAUAUGUUACUGGAGAGCUUCGAGCCCAUUCAUGGAGUUAUGCUUUGUGAAGGAGAGGAUAUUGAUCCAUCUCUUUACCAAAGCGGCGGCGACGACGACGUUUCCAAGGAAGAACUAGAAGAAAUCAGGAGGCUUCAUGUAAGCGACACGGCCAUAGAUAAGGAGAAAGAUUCAAUCGAGUUGAGGCUUGCCAAGCUUUGCCUCGAGAGAAACAUACCCUACUUGGGAAUCUGCAGAGGCUCACAAGUCUUGAAUGUUGCAUGUGGAGGUACCCUUUACCAGGACAUAGAAACCGAGCUCGGAAAGCACUCCAAGGUUGAUGGGAGUAAGGUUCAGCAUAUAAACUACGACGACUACGAUGGACAUAGGCAUGAGGUUGAGGUGGUUGAAGAUACUCCAUUGCACCAUUGGUUUAAGGAGGAGGAGCUUAACGAGAGAGGCAAGUUGGAGAUUAGGGUUAAUAGUUAUCACCAUCAAGGUGUUAAGAGAUUGGCUCACCGUUUUGUGCCAAUGGCUUUUGCAAGAGAUGGUUUGGUUGAAGCAUUUUAUGAUCCUGAUGCUUAUAAUCCUGACCAAGGUAAGUUUAUUAUGGGACUCCAAUUCCAUCCCGAAAGAAUGAGAAGGCCCGAGCCUGACCAAUUUGAUUAUCCCGGUUGCCCAUCUGCCUAUAAGGAGUUUGUCAAAGCAGCAGUUGCUUACCAGCAGAAGCUUAAUACCUCAAGCUCCUCAUCAUCUGUGCCAUCACAGUUGCCUACAAAGCUUGAUAGCGAAGUGGAGAUAAAGAGAGACAGGAUAGUAAGGAGUUUCUCAAUUGCCAGAAACUUAUAUACUGGUGGUCGUGGCACUAUGCAUUCUAUCAAAGAAUCUGAACUCGAAGCCGGGGCAGAGUUCCUAGAGUCAAAUGCAGCUUUGAGUUUACAACAGCAGAAUAGACUAAAGCAAAUGGGGGCAACAGUGAGGAAUGCAGGUUCCUACAUAGAGAGACUGAAGUUGAACGAGGGAAGAGAGAAACAAGCGAGGAACGUGAUGGCGAAAAUGUCCGUUGAGCAGUUAUCUGAUCUCAUGGGUUUUUACCAUAUGAUGGGACAAAUUUGCUCCGAAGUGUUGGAGAAAAAGCUAAACGGCAUGCAUUAAUCUCAUGUUUCUAGCCUGUUCUUUAGCUGUGUCGUGCAUGUUAUGCUAUGCCAAGGUUUGUCAUCAAAUUGAAAGUAGUUUCUGCUGCUACUUUGUGGAGGACUCACAUGAAUCUUUUGAGGACUCACAUGAAUCCCUUGUUCCCUUUUGGACGUCAAAUUGGUCUGUUUUUUCUUUAUGUAAUGGAUUUAAAAAGAAAUGUAAUUCUCUAUGUAUAUGUGUUGACAACAAUACUAUCGCACUCAUUUUAUGGU